AUGGGUCGGCGGCAGUUCCUCCAGCACCUGGCUGCAGCCAGCGUUCCUACGAUAAAAAACAUAGAGGGGGUACAUACACCUGAUGAGGGUGUGGUGAGUUUCAUCUAUUGCUGCCCGGGCGGAUGUCCAAUCUCAAGAGUCAACAUCCAGGCCUGUGCCACUAACCUGGAUGACUAUCCUCACGACAACGUGUUCAUGCUCUUCACCGAGGAUGACCGUACGGACCCAGUCAUCCCUCAAACAUUACAGAGUGUAGGCGCCGAAACGCAUGGCAAAUCUCUAUCGCAGGUCCUUGCGGAGGUUAGCCAACGCUUGACAGUUGCACUUGAAGACGGUAGGCCGGCAGACAAUCUCGAGGCCGCGUCCGAGGGCCCAUAUGAUGACGAUUUCGAAUUUGACUACGGUUCCGACGAUGACACCUUCGGACUUGCAGACCUACAACCAUCCAAGUGCGCAGCUUCGAAUCACGGUGUCUCUGCUUCAAGGAAAUUGUCAAGAACUGCCAGAGUCUACAUUGGAAAGAUACACUCAGACCUCAAAGCACUGAAAGACUCCGGCUUCCGCGUGGGCAUCUUCGGGAACCCAGCCGGUUCAGGGAUACUUUGCGCGUCUGUCCGCGUUUCAAAGCUGGGGCUGUCGGAUGAGGCGAUGCAAGCAUGGAGUCUUCGACGCAAACAGUAUUUUGUGCUCCUCAUAAGAUACGUCUCGGGUUACUAUGAAGCCCGCGAUAUCACAGACCUGGAUGAUUUGGUUGGAAGAGUGGACAUGCAGGUCGGUCUCUGCUGGAAGUACAAGCCGACAUUGGAAGACGCCCAUGCAGUGUUUUCUGGCAGUUCGCCAUCCCAGAAAGACCGAGCAGAAACUUCCUGCAAGUCAUUGGAGCCGCUCUUUAUUGGCACACCACUUAAUCAGUUUUUAAAGGAGCGGUUUUUCAACAUCGUCAAGGCACGUCAUCUGUACAGUCUCAGUUGGCUAGGUGCUGAGAAGAUGGUGGAAGCGAGAGCCAUAUGCACCGAUGACACCUCUAUCGAGAGUUUAAAAGAUUAUCAAUGCGACGACAAUGCCUCAGAAUAUGUGCAGCUUCCGAAGAUUGUCAUGGCCGACCAUAUGGCAGAGGUGUCUCUGGAGAACGCUUCCCUGCCGUUAAUCGCGAUACAGUUCGCGCUUAGGCAUCUUGUCCGAUGCACCGAAUUUUGCCUGGUGUGUCAUUCACGUGUGGACAACUCUUUCGAAGCUUUGAAACCGUACGUCUGUUCGAGGCCUCUAUGCCUCUAUCAGUACAUGAAUCUCGGAUUCGGUCCGAGCUUAGAGUGGGAAAUUCGCUCGCAGCCCUACGUCGUGGACCUACUGGUGAGCUUCUGCUUCAUUGCAGCAAGUGCCGGUCGAAUCAAAGAACUACCUGUUGGCUUGAAUCUCAUGGUGCCACUCUUACCCUCUGGCCAUGCCGAUGUUUUGUUGCCAGCUACCGCUAAACCUCAGGCAGCGCUCCCGCCGUCAAAUACUACCCGCAGUGGUUCUCCGGCUGCGUCGGAGAAAGCUUUCAGUUGUACAUGGCACGUGACGAAGCAGCGACUCGACCUUGUGGACCAAGAGAUUGGGCUCCCCCUGGAGCUGAAACCGGGGGACUGGAUAGUCACAAUACCCAAAGAGAGACACCUGAUUGCACAUCAUCGAGUGACAGGAGUUCUGCCUGAUUCGGUCGACCUCGACCAAACAGUAUUUGUCGACGCAGGUGAGACAGACAACGAAGCGCUUGUCGGAUCUGGGGGAGAGUCAGAAAAGAGCAUGAGGGUUGAUUGCUAUGUUUACAACAAGAAUUUCGACGAUUUGACCAAGGCCCAGCAGCAGAGCGCGAUCGUUGCCUUGUUGAGUGCCCUGCCAAGUGUAAGCGAGAUGUGUACACGUCUGAAAUCUUUCCAUGACGCCAGUCUAGAGUCGUGGCACCGAAUCUCCAAAAGCUCACUGACUCUACUACGUUGGAUAGUGGCAUCAAACCGAUCUUGUAUUCUGCCUGUCGGAGAAUCACAAAUUGGUGACGAUCUCGUGGGAGGCAUGGAUGGGUAUAUGCAAUUCCGGUUUGCUCAAGGCGCGCCUGACAAAGAAAAGCGAUUCAAUGACGCGGUUCAAAGCCAGUCACGAUUAUCAGGCACGCAAUAUCCGACACUCUUUGCAUGGCACGGGAGCCGUUUAGCAAAUUGGCAUUCCAUUGUCCGACAGGGACUUCGAUUUGAUGAAAUAGCGCAUGGGCGAUCUUUCGGCCAUGGCGUUUACUUGUCGCCGCAGGCAGACACUAGCCUCGGAUACAGCCAGAAUGCAUCUCGGUCGAUGGGUACAUAUUUCCACGAAUGGAAGCCCUCGAUGCUCAAAAUCUCGAACGCAUUGUCGCUGAACGAAGUUGUCAACCAUCCCCGGAUGUUUGUCUCUUGCACUCCGCAUUAUGUGAUCUCCAAGCUCGACUGGAUUCAGACUCGCUACCUGUUUGUGCAAGCUUCAGGCACAGCUGGAGGUGCGGCAGCAGCUGCGGCUAAAUCUGCAGCAUCACAAUGCAGGGAAGUGUAUCAGCAAGAUCCUUCGUACAAGGCUGUCGGCGUGAAUGGAAGACAGCUCACUAUCCCGUUGACCGCCAUUUCCAAGUCUCGCAGACGCUACGAUACGGUCCAAGCGGCAAAAAGAGAGUCAGGCAAGCGGAGCAAGCAAGUUGUGACUAUCGAUCAGGAGACUGCUGAACGUCAUGAGGAUGAUGCUAAGAGCGUCGUCUCGGACGCGAGUGAUUUGGCCUUCUUCGCUCAAGAUCAUGACGACGACCAGGAAGUAGAUGAGCCAAAUCCCGAUGGCUCGGCAUUGGGCCCCUCGAUCGAUCCGACGCAGGAUGUCAAUCAAAACGUGGACAAGCUCGCUGGGACAGACUUCGUACCGGGCACCCUCGAUGUGUCGGAUAUCAGAUUUCUGAAGCCACCUCAAGAUGCGACCCGUACUUCUACUCAAGCUCUGAUGCGAUGCUUCCGGGAGACGCUGUCGGUGCAAGACAAAACACCAUUGGCAACUUUAGGUUGGUAUAUUGAUGGGGAUAAGAUGAGUAACAUGUAUCAGUGGAUUGUGGAAAUGCACAGCUUCCCACCCACGUUACCUCUGGCGAAAGACAUGCAAGCGCACAGCAUCACGUCCAUUGUGCUUGAGAUGCGAUUUUCGAACCAGUUCCCGUUCAGCCCGCCUUUCAUCCGCGUGGUCAAACCUCGAUUUCUUCCAUUCGCGCAAGGUGGAGGGGGCAAUGUCACUGAUGGCGGAGCGAUGUGCAUGGAAGUCUUGACCAACAAUGGAUGGACAGCAGCUCAGAACAUUGAAAGCCUGUUACUUCAGGUGCGCAUGUCUAUUUGUGACGAAGAACGGCCCGCUAGACUGGCACCGGUGUACAAGGGCAAGCACAACACGUAUGCCAUCGGAGAGGCCAUUCAAGCCUAUGUCCGCGCCUGUCGUAAUCAUGGCUGGAGAGUGCCGGCUGGGUUCGACAAAAUUCAGAAGGAGUGA